AUUGUUAUUUAACUUCUAUUGAAAACAACUUAUGUAGAGUAUAAUACUAAUAGGUCAUUCAUCAACUGAUGUAGAGGAUAGUACUAAUAAGUUGUAUGUAAAUAUAAAAUAAAAUUUUUGCAGCUGAUGAUAAUUUAAUUUGUGUUUACUCAAAUAGGUUUAGGAUAAAAAUGGAGCAAUAUUUCAAUACAAGAUUAUUAGGUUGCAUUUGCAUUUGCAUAUUGCUUCAUUUCAUACUGUCUACCGUCAAAGCUGACAAUAUACAUCAUGAGCAUUGUCUUCAAUGGUGCAUGACAAAGUAUAAUGUUAAGUGCUCUGAAAUAGUGGAAUGUGGAGCUCAUUAUAAUGAAAUAAUAUUAAAAGAAAUAGGGGAGCCUCGUCCCAUCGCAAAUUACCUUAAGGUCACACCACAUUGCUAUGAGCAUGACAACAGCAAUUACAGCCAUAUUGGUUUGAAAAUUUCAUGGGAGAUUAAUGGUCAGUAUAUGAGAGAUGAGUUGGUGACCGAAUUUCAUCUGGAAAUCCAAGAGUUUGGUGGGCAUAGCACAGUAUCCAACUUCAAUGUUCGCAUCACUCCGAACAUGUCAAUACCCUUCAACAACUACAUUCAUUUUGAGUAUUUCUAUCUUGGAUGGGACAGUGAUAAUGUGCCAGAAAUAUCAGAGAACGUCAACUAUACUGUGGAGCUUGAUUCAUUGCCACUUUUGGUAGAAAAGAAAAAUUCGGAAAUGAAUAUCACUCCUCAAACAAUUACAAGGGAAUUUAAAAUACCAGCAAAUUUUCGUAAAAUGAAUAACUGCACAGCACCCGAUGAAUCAAUUGAACCAGGAAAAGAAGAAACAACAACAAUCUCAACAACAACAACACAGCAAAAUGCUGAGAUGUUGACAAUUGUUGUAACAGUUUCAGUCAUCUUUGUGAUAUUGCUAAUCGUCGUAAUUGUUGGAAUCGUUUCAUUUUUGUUUCGAAAGGAGAAAGCAGUCCAAAAUAACCAUCGUGCACAGAACAUUCUUGUUCUUUUGAAUAUGGGUGACAGAACAGAAAUUGGAAAACAAACAAAUUGGAUGGCAACAGCUUUAAGCAGAGCUAAAAACCUUGGUCCAUUGACCGUGAAAUACAAUAAGUGGGAAAGCAAAUUAGUUGCAGAAAAAGGAAUUGCUGAAUGGAUGAGAGAAAGUGUUGCUUGGGCUGACAAAGUGAUCAUCAGCAGCACACCUGACGAAUUGAGAGUGGAGGAAAAUGCACUGGCUUUCGAGCGAGCAUUUGAGCACACCAUGAUGACGAGUAUUAUUGUGGAUGAUGAAGCAUAUAAGCCCGUAUUUGUUGUGCACUUUGAAGACGAAAUUUAUCACAACAAAUGUCCUUUUCUUAAAGACGAAAGAUAUAAGAAGUUUCACUUAGAAGAAGAUUGGCAAGAUCUGUGCCGUGAUAUCACAGACACACCAACAGGGGAAAAGGAACCAUUACAAAAUGGAAGUCGUCAAAACUCGUACACAAUAAACAAAACAACAGGACAGCUUGAAGAAAAAGUAUGACAAUAUAAAAAAAUAUAACUUAAUCAUGUUAUUGCAAAAUGAUCAGCUCAUAUGAGACGAAAAUUUUGUGAAAAUAGUCAGAGUGUAUUAAUCGAUGGUAUUUAUAGAACUUCCGAUUGUGUUACAAACUAUAAAAUGGAGAGGACCACCAACAAGUUGAAUCACAACAAAAAAAGGAACACGAAAACGUGCUAAAAUGCAUUAGUUACACUCUGAUCUUCUAGGCAACUUCUAAGUGUUAUUACUUAUUCUAUAUUAAACAGAAAUAUUGAAUACCUACCAACACAAUCAUGGUCCGUGUGUGUCAAAAAAUUGAAAUAACUGCAUGUUUCAGUUCCUCUCUUCUCACAUUUGUGUGAGCAUACAUUGAGCAAAUCACAAAACUCAGUAAAAACUAUCUACACUAAUUAUUGUUAGUAAUUUUUGUAUUUCUCUUCAAAUGAUUACAUUUUGAAGAAUAGUGAUAAUUAAUCGUUAGAAAAUUUUGAA